UGCCAUGAACCAAACUAUAGAACAUCACAAUUUUUUAUUGCGAUAACAUCUAUAAGUUUUAACAAUAAGUUAUAUAUUCCGCCAGUGUUUUUAUCAUCGAACCAAACCAAAUUCAACAUGAAGGGUUAUUUGAUUUUCGCCGUUUUACUCAUCCUCGCCAUCGGCACUGAACUUGCAUUUGGAGAUUGCCUUUCUGGAAGAUAUGGGGGCCCAUGUGCCGUAUGGGACAACGACGCUUGUCGCAGAGUUUGCAAAGAAGAGGGACGUUCCGGGGGUCACUGCAGCCCAAGUCUUAAAUGUUGGUGUGAGGGUUGUUAGAAACUCACAGAAAAAAGACAACAAACUCCAAUUCAAUUCAACUUCAAAACUGAGAAUGUUGUCACUAUUUAAUUGAAUAAGUAUCACUAAUAUUAUUAUAUUCUACUAAUAAAAUGUUUAUGAGCUA